AUGUGGCAUGUUGGCGUACAUAUCUGGGAGGUGCCGCCGAAUGAGAUAGAACCAAACUAUGACGAGUACUAUGCCGUUGUCAUGGCGUUCAACCUCUUGAACAUCCCCAUACUACCGCUCGUCAAAGCGUCCAUCAUCCUUCUCCUCCUUCGGGCCGGUUCCGUUAUUGAAUGGCUCAAGCGAGUGCUCUAUGCCAUCUUGGUCUUCACUGUUGGAAGCGCAUUGAUACCAUGGUUCUUUGUUACUGCCAUCGGCGCGGCAAAGAUCUACUUAUCGUAUCGCGACCGCCUCUACACUCUGUUCAACCCCGAUUGGACCUACCCGAUCGACUACUGCAUCAACCACAUUGAGAACAACGUAGCAAUCAUCGUAGCCAACAUACCGAUCCUACGCGGCCUCGUCACACGAUGGAUCUUCAACUUCCGCACCAAAGCGACGCCCAUUGAUCGCGAGUUUCGUGGUGAUUGGCAACAGCAACAGCAACAACAACAACAACAACCGAGAAAGUCGGACGCUUCAGACUUCAGCCGCUACACAAGAAAGAACCGCGUGGUACAGAAGAUCCUCCCCUGCAUCCAGGAUGAUUUUUCCAGCAGCCUGGCAUCGCGCUCCAAAGGCGACCUCAGCAGUAAGGUGGACUGCCGGCCAGAUUUCCCACCUCGAAUCUGCACCACAGGCGAACAGCGCUACCAGAAACGAAGCUACUUUCCCCGAUCGCGAAGGAAUAGCUUGGAUCGGUAUAGCACGGCCGACUCCUGCGAGAAAGGUGACAUAUUAGAGACGGUUAGGAGUGUGGGUAGUUUGGGUUCUGCGCCAACGCUCGUGGAGAGCAAAGAUGCGUACACAGAGUGGAAAAGCAUGGACAGCCCAACGCUGAGCCCCACAGCGAGGUUCUCUACGCAGACAUUGUGCCCCAUUGCGCCGUUGACGCCGGCGAGGUUGCGGGGGAUUGAAGAUGAUGAGGUUGAUGAUGAGAUAUACCCAUACCCGAGAGCAUUAUGA